CGCAUCCGUACGUAUGUAUGUACCUAUGGGACCGGGGAGCCUAUUCUGAAAAAAAAUUUUGUGAAUAGGCCCCGUGCUAAAAUUUUUUUUCAGAAUAGGCCCCCAGGGCCUUAAAAAGCCCUCACGACUCACGACUAUGAAAAUGGAGAUAAACAUUUUAUACGCGUAGAAAACGUAUGUGAUGCGAUACUUUGCUGCGCGCAAGUCAAAAAUCAGAAAAUACUAAUAAAUAUAUACAAACGCAAGGAACAAGAAAGGUGAAAGAUAGAAUAUAUAAUAAGGUUUCACGCGCGCGAGAAGCGACCUGGCAGACAACCGGCGAUGUACCCGUCAUCGUCGUCGGCUUCGUCGGCGGACGAGGGCGAGGCGGCAUCUGGUCCAGACAAUUUGGCUGACAGACGCAAGUCCAGAGACAAAGGCACAAAUUCGAAAAAGCCUCCAAAACGAGAAGAAAAAUUAUUUAGUCUAAAGCAAUUUUUAAAAAAUGAUAACCAAGUAAAUCAUCAGUACACUGGGGCAAGACCAAAAGUAUAUGAACCAACUAUAAGGACUCCAGAACCUGGUGAAAAUCAUGAUGCUGAAAAGUAUCCCCGUAAUCCAACAGAGUUACCAGAUUUUGUUCAAGAUCAUUUAGUUAUUGAACAAUGUUAUCUUGGUGAAAUUGCUUCUUCAAAUUUAAAUAAUGUAGAGAUAGACAAUCUUCCAGAUUUUGCACUAAAUAGUGUUGAAAAAAGACAUAUACAAUAUUUCAAUGAUUAUUGGAACAAAAAUCCUGAAAAUUCAGAUCUCUCUUUGCCUUUUAGUGGUCGUUCAGAUAAUAGUUUUGCUACUAAUUCUUCUCACAGGAACUCCUUGGAACUACCAAAGCUAGUUGUUGAUGUCAUUGAUGGUGAAUCAGCUGAUGUGCCAGAAUCUCUAGGUUUUCCCUUUGGUUUACCGAUACCUCGGGGAAGUGAGACUAAUUCAGCUGCUGAUGUCACAGCAAACCAUCCUUUACCACAGGGAAUACCAAAUUCAACAAAGCUUUUGCCAGAUUUUGUGAGUGAUGCUUCAAUUCGUACACGAGGAACACCUUUGUCUGAAAGACCUGAUGGCUCUGGCACUGGUUCUAUGAACCAAUGGUUAUCUGUGGAAAAUGAAAGGCUACGUAAUGAACUACAAAUAGCAAGGCGACAAGCAAGUGAACGUGCUAUGCGGAUAGAAACUUUAGAAGCAGAACUUUUAUCAAGAAGACAAGUCAAUCAUACAGAAAGCAUAAAUCUUGAAAAAGCAAUGGAACAAAUAGAAGAUAAUCUAAAACGAAGUACGAAACGGGCAAUAAGUGCAGAAACAACAGUAGCAACAUUGAAAAAAGAGAUAGACUCUUUAUCUAUGGAGAUUAUGAUGCUUCGAACUGAAAAUAAAGAAUUGAGAUCAGCAAUAGGAGUAGAUGGCAACGGUUUCAGGCACACAAAUUCUGAUAGGAGGAUACAAAGGUUGGCUGAUGAUCUAAGGCUUGCGGCAUCGACAGCGGAGGUUUCGUUAAGACAACUAAUGUCGGGUGUAAGCAAUCUCAGAGUACUUGCAUCAGCAUUUGAAAAUGUAGACAAAAUAGAGGAUCGUACCAAAGAUUUUUUACCAGAUUUUGAUGAGGAUAACGCAGCUGGACCAGCCUUAUAAAAAU